AUGAAGAUGCUUCAGCGCUCUGAUGCUCACGAAUGGCCGUCACCAAACAUCCGUACGUUGAUUGGCUGGAGUCUACUGGGCGGAGCCAAGACCCUCCCACGAGCCACAAGUAGCCAGUCAGCUUCUCGCUCAUCCUCACGCUCCGCCCUAGAGAGGUUUAACGUUUCUAUUGUCACUGAGAAGGCCUUGGAGGCUCCGGCAGCUACCUCAACACCGCCUCCAAAGGGUACGGCGGCCAGCCAGCCCUCGGCGGAGCUGAGACGGUAUAGGACAGCCUUUACCAGGGAGCAGAUCACACGCCUGGAGAAGGAAUUCCUGAGGGAGAACUAUGUCAGCCGCCCGCGACGCUGUGAGCUGGCCAAGGAGCUGGGACUCUCAGAAGCUACCAUCAAGGUGUGGUUUCAGAACCGACGCAUGAAGGACAAACGACAGAGGAUGGCCGUGGCUUGGCCCUAUGCUGACCCGACCCUCGCCGCUUACUUGUUACACGCCGCAGCUGCUACAGGAGCCUACCCUCCCUACCUACCACCCUCGCCCAUGUCCGACAGCCCUUGGGUAGGGCCACCAAGUGUGGGACCCACGCCGCAUCUCUCCUACACCGCUCCACACAUGACCUACACACCUCCAUCACAGCCGCCUUCACUCAGCCGAUUUGCUCCAUAUCCCCGCCCGCAGCCGCCCAUGCUGUCCCCACCGUACACCAUGCCUGCCGACCUCCACGCUCCUCAUCCACGGUCUCCCACAUUACCCACCCCCACACCCGUCCUCCCACGCCCAUCCAUGUGUCACGGACACCUGUCUGCUUGUCCAGCCUAUACCUCCCCUAAGGACGCCUGCCUCUGUGGUUUCAUGUACCCUAGUCUAACACAGAACCUAGGCCACCACAUGCCUCUCUCUUGCCCCAACCUAUCUAUGACGACUCACAAAACAAAUUCCCCGCUCUCAUCUCCCAGUUCCUGCACCCCAGUAUCAUGCAGUAGCAGCAACAGCCCAAGAGAGCCAGACUUUGAUCAAGGGGAGAUUAUUGAGAGCUCAGAGAUCAGUGCACCCAAAUAUCCUGCCUCGCCUUACAGCCUCCUCUCCUACAUGUCCCAAUACCCAAACUUCCAGGGCGGCGCUGCACGCUUCGGGGACGAUGAAAUGGGAGUUUCAAAUCAACCUGAUGUCUCCCUCAACUUUUCUGGAAUACCACAUGUCAAAAAUGAUGUUUGA